AUGGCUGCAGGGCAGUGUCAACACCGCCUGGAGGAUGGUGCAUUGGAGGGAAGGGAAGGGUUAGGUGAAUGGGGAAGGUUUGACCCUGGAACUCUGCGUGUGGUGGCAUCUGAUAGGAUGGGCAAAGGGGGCGGUGCGUGGGAGAAAAGAGAGGGGGGUGAAAGGGAGAAGAUGGGUGUGGGGGAGGAGGUGGGCGUGGGGGAGGAGGUGGGUGCAGUGAGCACCACCAUGCGUUUCAACCGGUUCACUCACUUCUGCUUCAGUGUCUGCCUCUCCUUUCCCCCCCUCACACCCAUGCUCUCCCACGUUGCUGCCUUCACCCGCACCGCACCUGCCCCUCCCCCCCAAACCCGCAGCCCCCUUCUUCCUCCAGUCACGCCACUUCUCUCGCCCCUCCUCAAGCCCAUUGCAUGCGCAUUCCCCUCUCCCGCCCUUCCUUACCCCACCACCGUCUGCCCCUUCUCCCCUCCCCCGCCCUCCUGCUCCGCCCCCUGCUCCCCCUUCCGCCACGCCUCCCCCUGUUUCUGCCGAAACCAAUCCACACGUGCCAGUAUCCCCCUUUCCCCUCCCCUCCCUGGGCUUCCCCUUCCCGCUCCGUCCUCCCCCCUUCCCCCUCCGCACAGCCGCCCGUCGCUGCUGCCCCCACCUGCACUCCCCCCUAUCCGCGGGCAGGCGCCCAUCCGCGGGCCCAUCUGCCCCCAUCCGCGGGCACGCGCACAAGCCUAUUUCCGCGGACUCUCGCAGAGGCAGCGGUAG